AUGCAGAAAGCGUUGAAGAAGUAUUUCGUGAACAUGGACGAAUACCUAGCCAGUCUCGGUUUGUACCGAAAAAUGAUGGCUCGGGACGCGUCCUGUUUAUUCCGAGCUGUUUCUGAGCAGCUUUAUUUCUCUCAGAAUUACCAUCAAAAAGUAAGAAAAGACUGCGUCAACUUCAUGAGGGCGAAUAAAUGCAACUUCGAGCCUUUUGUUGAAGGGUCUUUUGAGAAGUAUUUGGAGCGUUUGGACGACCCGAAGGAGACUGUGGGACAAGUGGAGAUUAAGGCUUUGUCUCUGCUUUACAGGCGGCACUUCGUCAUUUACAGGUACCCUGGGAAGUCACCGACUGAGAUUGGAGAGGAGGAUAACUUGUCUAAGAUUUUGCUCUGUUGCUCAAAUAAUGGCCACUAUGACAUUGUGUACCCAAGGACCUACCCAGUGAAUGCAGCAAUAUGCCAAUCCCUGCUAUAUGAGGUGUUGUACACGCAUGUUCUGGGCAUUGAAGAGGAGGAUCUCCAUAUGGCACUGGAUGGGUUCAGAGGGGGAGGAGGGAGGCGCUACAGGAACAGCCUCUCUGGGUGCAGUGAGGAUGCUGGUUAUGAUCCCCUUGAGGACAGUGCUUCCAGAGAGGAAUGGGAACUAGGUGGUCACAACCACUCUGAGGAAAAAGCUAAAGUUGGAACUGAAGACCAAAAGGCUACAGAUGGCCCAGCAAAGCUUGUUCUUCCCUACAAGGUACUGAAGGCCUUAGAGCCCGAGUUGUACCGCAAUGUGGAGUUUGACGUGUGGCACGACAGCCGCAAAGAACUCCAGAAGACUGAUUAUAUGGUGUUUGCUGGUAGACAGUAUUUCUUAGGGGACAAGUGUCAGGUACGUUUGGAUCCAAAAGGGAAGUAUUACAAUGCUUUCAUCCAGGAGGUAGGGAAUCAUCCCAGUGCUGUGACCGUGUUUAUUGAAGAGCUGGGUGAAAAACACUUGGUGUCCUUGACUAAUCUGAAGCCAGUGAAUCCUGUUCCAGCAUGGAACAUUACACCAAGCAGAAAGAACAAUUCCUACAGCCAUGCAGAACAGUACCCAGGAGACUUAGACCCAGAGAUGUGUGUGAGACGCAGAUUUCUCAAGAAGUCUCGGGGUAAAGAGAUGUUGAUGACCAUGUCGUACGGCCGCCCUCAGGCUGGCCUUCCUCCACGUCUACAGCCUUGUCCAGGGAACUUGGCACCUGUGCGCAGUCCUGGAGUACAUGGCCCUGCUCCACCCCAAACAAGUGUGGCCUAUGAGCACUAUCGGCCACACUCUCCAAGACCACCACGUGGAUAUGGUCCGUCCAGAAGUUCAGCACGUUUCCUGAAUAGACACCACUUUAUUGGACCUGAGGUGGCCUACUAUGCCAGCCCUAGUAAACGCUGUUACCAGAGUUUUGACAAUUAUUCAUUUAAGUCACGCAGAAGCAGGCGUCAGAUGCAAUCGGUAAAUAAGGAGUGUCAGUUUAGCUUUGUGCCUGAGUCAGGAGAGGAAGCCCAGGACUUGGAGGGGAGCAUCACAUUCUAUGAGAUGGAGGAGGCAGAUGAGAAUGCUUUUGCUCCCGUUGCUGGACAAGCUGUUGCCAGUACUAUGAUUCCUGGUGCUGCUACUUACUGGGUGCCAAGAGGCCCAAGCCCUAUUCCGCCAGGCAAACAGCCUAUAACGUCAUCUGAGGAGGAUCCUGAAGAGAGAAGCACCACUGGAGGCCAUGGAGAAUAUUCAGAGGAGUAUAUCUUUUCUGCUACUGAUGCAGGAUUUCAGCGUCCAACUGUUUACACUGCUGAGUCUAGUGCUAACCUGACCAUUCAAGAGGGUGGCUCACGUGCUGGAUCACCACAAGAGGGCGUUGCUACCUAUAGUUACUCUCAACAGGUAGUGGUGAAAUCAGCAGUCAUUUCUUCCUCUCAGCCAGUCAACUCUGCGCCAGCUGCUAUUUUUACCUCCAACUCCUCUCCUUCUUCCUCAAGUGUGAGUUCUCAGAGCUCUCCAAAUCACCUGCAGGCUUCAAACAUCACCCCAGGACAGCCACCACCCCUACACACACUGGGCAGGCCAGUAAUAUCCAUGCUGUUUCCUCCAGCAUGUCCGUGGUUUGUGAAUGAAAUGGGAGAACCUGUCACUGUGGCCCCGCCUCCACCUUACUCUUAUGACCCCAAUGGCAAUGACCUACCUAGAGAUUGCAAGGUUCUCCAGUACUUUUUCAACUUGGGUGUGCAGGCUUAUCAGCAGACCUACUGGCACUCCAUGGUGCAUGUUCAGCAGGUGUACCCACAGCCUUGUGGGGAGCCCCAGUUUCAGCCUUACCCGGGUCCAGGUGCCUCUGCAAGCCCUGACCACACCGUGCCUCAGCCAUACCCGGAAUCUGCCCGUUCGUACCCACCCACUCAGGGUGAGACACCCAGCAAUGGUGCCACUGUGACUGUGGAGUCCCCCCCUGUGGUAGCACCAGGCACUGCAUUUUUCCCACUGGUGCAGGAGCAGUGCCAGCCAUCCCUGCACCCAUCUUAUGAGCCAUACAUGCCUGUGCUUUCCACCACCUACCACUACCUUACACCCUGGACUUCUGGGCCAAUCCCAAAUCCACGCUUCCACCACACCCCAUAUUGUCCCUCCUCCCACACUCAUGUCAACUACAUCACCACCCCUACCCCCACUACACACUUUGUGGCCCCUGCACAGUUUGUGCCCCCUGGUAUGUAACUCCUCACUAGUCCCGUUCUGAAUUACUACUUCACCUAAACACCUUUUUUUUUUUUUCCUUUUUUUUCUUUUUCUUUUUCUAAUUAAUAAUUUUAAGCCGUGUUCACUCAUUUUUGCACUUGUUUGGAUUUUGUAAUAAUGUUGAAUAUUGGUUUGCUGUUUUUCUUAUUAAAGAGUUAAGUUUUCCAGUAUGUUGCAUA